CCGCAGUGGCUGCGGGAAGUUGUGGAUAAGCAGACGCUGAUCUUCCUCGUAGUAACCUUGUCCUAGAAGAGCGGCGGAGCUUGCCUCUUGCGCGUGCGAAGCUCCAUCGCAUCACAUCCAGCGGCGGGGCAGCGGAGGCGCCAGAUCACAAGAACUUCGGACGGCGACGCGGACUCCGCUAGCAUCAUGAAUGAAGCUGACAGUCCGGCGGGCGAGCGUCCCAUCUUCGACGCAUCGAAAUUUCCCUUGGGGGACGCCAAGAUUUUGCCAGACUACACGCAACUGAAAGCUCCCGAUGACAUCGACAACAUGACGAGCCAGUUGAUCGAAGGCUCCUACUCGCCGAUGAAAGACGUCGCGCCGAACCCGUUUCAUUAUCGUAUCCACCUCACCCGGGCCGACAAGAUCAAGGUGGCCCUGAUGUCGGUGUUCGUGGUUCCGAUACGCAUCGUCUUGAUCAUAUUCUUCCUGCUGCUCACCUGGUUCGGCUGCUACCUGGGUCAACUUGGCCUUUCGCACAAGGACCGCACAGAGAAGCCACUCACGGGAUUCCGCAGGGCCAUCCAAAGCGCGUCCCGAGAGUGCGUGCUCAUGUGCGUGCGCUCCGCUGGCUUCGUGCUGCGGACGGUGGGGCGGGCCGCGCCCGCCCACGAGGCUCCCAUCCUGGUGGCCGCGCCGCACUCCUCCUUUUUCGACACAGUGGCCGCCAUGCACGGCAACCCGGUGCCUUCGGCCGUCGUGCGCUCCAAGAGCAAGGGCAUGUUCUUCCUCGGCACCAUCUUGAACUUCACUCAGCCCGUGUACGUGAAGCGGAGCGACCCCAACUCGCGCCACAACACUGUGCGGGAGAUCACCCGCCGCGCUACCUCCAAGGAGCCUUGGUCCCAGGUGAUCAUCUUCCCGGAGGGAACCUGCACUAACCGUUCCUGCCUCAUCACCUUCAAGCUGGGUGCCUUUGUUCCCGGAGUCCCAGUCCAGCCUGUUCUCAUUCGGUACCCGAAUGAACUGAAUACCCUCAUAUGGACAUGGGAUGGCCCCUCUGCCUUUGAGACCUUAUGGUUGACCUUGUGCCAGUUACGAACACACAUGGAAAUUGAGUACCUUCCUGUCUAUGUCCCAAGUGAACGGGAGAAGAAAGACCCCAAGCUUUAUGCUGAAAAUGUUCGCUGCUUGAUGGCCAAGGCCCUGCGAAUUCCACUUUCAUCAUAUUCAUAUGAUGAUCUCAAACAGACAGAUGUGGAGGACAGUGCUCGUGUGAAGACAGUUGUGUGCAAUCGCCUGCAGCAGCUCAUCAGUAGGAAUUGCAUCCAGUUCCGAGAUAUAAGUGAUGUGAUUCUCAAAGUGAAAGCUGCCAUAAAGAACCGUGACAGCUCAAGGGUGAGCUUUUUAGAGUUUGUUGCUAUCCUUGGAGUGCCCUCAGACCACAUUUCCAAGAACAUCUUUGAGGCUCUUGAUAUAGAUCAAACAAAGCAAGUGGACUUGCGGGCUGUCCUGGCUGCUUUUUGGUUGGUUCACAAGUCUGAAAGGUAUCAGACCAAAAAAGCUUUUGAGGCAUUUUGUGAUGGUAGCAAUGGAAUACGUUUGGAGGACUUUGCACAACUUAUCUGGAUUCUUCUUGCACUUCCAAAGUCUGCAGCCAUGUCAAUGUUUCAGAAGAUUGACACUGCUGCCCUGGGGCGAAUUUACUUUGAAGACUUCAAGGAAUUCAUUUCGAUGACAAAAUGGGCUGACAUCUUGGCGUCACCGUUGGGCAACAAUGACUUACAAGAUGGAGACAAAUGUGUGCCAAGCAAAGAAGAGUGAUAAGGGACAGUUGCCGUGACUGUAGAUACACACUGUGUUUGUUUUCUUUUGUGAUUUUUAUUGUUUUAAACCAGGAACUGCCAGUUCUCUUUUAGUCACAGAUUUCAAAUGUCAUUUGUUUCACUCAGUGUAAGAUAUUUAUAUUUUUCAUUGUGAGAGACCAUUUCCUGCAGAGAGCAUGGCCACUAUGGUCCUUGGAGCCUAGUGCUAGUCACUUGGCAAAGUGCUGGACUUCCUUACAUGGGACCAGAUGCCAUGGGUGCUGGUUUUUAAUCUGUCCCCACUUUUCUUAGUGGAAGCAGUGUGACAUAGCAUUGCACUUAGAUUUAGUAUAUGUUCUAUGUACAUAACAAGCUCCACCCUUGACAAAAAUUGCUGUAAGUGGUGCACUUACAAGUAAUGCGGCCAAAGCAUGCAGUGAUGCUGGAAGGAAAUACUACUUGUGCAGCUUUUGCUUGCUGUUCAGCCCAGUUGGCCUUGUAGACUCACCUUUGUAAAAGUGAUUGGUAGACCUUUCUGGUGUCGGGUGUUUUGCCCCACAGGACUUUUCACCUAGCUCUUUGCAUUUGGAUGCCAUCUUUUAAGAUUGUUUGAUAAACAAGCUGUUUUAUGGUGAGGCUGUGCUUUAUGGCACUUGCAAAUGCUCUGAGCUUGGCUUCAGUUUGGAAACAGCCAUAUUUUACUACUGUUUAAAUCUUGGAAGUUACCGUUACAGCUUACACUAUAUACCAAUGGCCUUUUUAUAUGUUUUGGAACUGAGUGUAGUAUAUAGCACUGCUUGGUACUGCGUGUGCCUAAGAAGGAAUGCAAUGGAAGUAGUAGUCCAGUGUACUUCUUCAUUUACACACCAGGUGCGUAACCAUAUUACAAAACUCUGCCCUGAAAUGGUACUUGUAGGCUUGGCCGGUGUUAGCUGAUGGCUGCCUUUAAGCCUCUUUGCUUUGUCCCAAUUCAGGGAGCUCACUCAUGCUGCAAGUUAGUGACCUGCCUGAAUAAUGCUGACGUGUUUUGUGAAUUUCAACACCAACAAUUGAGGCUUUGAAAGACUUUGCAAAAGUAAGUGUACUAUGACCAUCAUGAAGUAGGCUCUUGCUUUUAACGCAUUGUUGUUCACGUUUGUAGAUAUUUUUUAUCUAUUGAAAACAUGCAGUGGAUGACAAAUGUGGAAGUGGGCAA